AUGGCUAUGUCUCACUCUUUCAUUCCUCUGGUCUUUUUCAUAUUGCAACUUAUACAGGCCAUAGCUGGCAUUGACCUAAAUUGGUAUGAUGCUCAUGCAACCUUCUACGGUGGUCCUUCAGGAGCUGGAACCAUGCGCGGUAUCAUACCCGUUAAAUAUCGACGUGUUUCAUGUGUGAAACAAGGGGGUGUUAGGUUUGAGAUCAACGGAAACCCUAAUUUCUUGUUUGUUCUGGUGUUCAAUGUUGCCAAUGCUGGUGAUGUUUCUCGUGUUAGUGUCAAAGGGUCUAAGACUGGAUGGAUUCCCAUGAAGCGCAAUUUUGGACAAAAGUGGAAUACUGGAGUGAAUUUGGUAGGAAAAGUUUUGUCAUUUCAAGUUACUACAAGUGAUGGAAAAACUUUGGAGUUUUAUUCAGUUUCUCCUUACAACUGGCAAUUUGGACAGACUUAUCAGAGCCAGGGUAAUUUUUAG